AUGGAGCCUGCCAACAAUAAAUACAGUGGUUUUGUAGAUUAUGGUCAUAGUUUGGAAGCACCUGAAGUCACUGCCUCUGAAGCACUUGUAUUCUUAUUGGUAGGAUUACGAAGCCAUUGGAAGCAACCCAUUGGAUACUUUUUAACAGACAAAGCCUCUGCAGCCACCCAAUCAUCCCUCAUCAACACAGCAUUAACAAAGGCAAGUGCUGCUGGUCUGAAAGUGUGGUGUGUGACAUCGGACGGGACCUCUACAAACAUCACUACCUACAAGAUCCUUGGAUGUACUUUUGGUGACUCACACGAAUCCAUUUCCACGAAGUUCAAACAUCCUGUCACAGGUGAAGACGUAUUUGUCAUUCCGGAUGCAUGCCAUAUGCUAAAGUUGGCCAGAAAUGCUCUGGCAUUUCUUGGCACGAUUUGCACACCUGAUGGUGAGAAAAUUGAAUGGAAAUUCUUUAACAGCCUUCAUUUGGUUCAAGAACAAGAGGGAUUAAAGCCUGGUAACAAGUUGUCCAACAACCAUGUGCAAUAUAAAAAACAUAAGAUGAAUGUCAUUCUUGCAGCCCAGACCCUUAGUGGUUCAGUGGCAGAUGCAAUAGAUUUCAUGAACACUGUUCUGAAACUGCCAGAGUUCCGAGAGAGCGAAAGCCACAGGCUUAUUUAUCAGGAUCAUCGACAGGCUUUUUGA